AUGCUUAUCGUCAAUCUGUUUCUUCAAGACCCACGCCUCAACCUUUUUCUCUCCUUUCUCCUUAUUUUCACACUCUUGGUCCCCAUUCCCAUUUGGGGCCAAAACAGCACGGAGUGGUCGCUUGCACGUCUGAAGCGUCAAUACAUCGAUGGACCGGAUCCUUUCCAUUCGCUAGGUGGCGUUAAUGAAGAUGGUCAAGCAAGGGCCCCGCUAGUAUUAGAGGUGACCCACAACCUCACUCUCACAAACGGGCCCAAGGGCAGGUGCGGAAUAUGCGCACGUACAUAUCGAGUGCUAAAGGACCUUCAGUACAAGCCCAGCGUGGAGUGUCAACGAUAUUCGAACAGUCGUCAAGGCGCUCUUGGAGAUCUAACGGAAUUCUAUCACACGGUAAGCGUGGCGGUCUGCUUGAGCACCAUUUUGUGA